GAGAGCCGCUUGCGGGAUUUAGCGCUCCGUGAACGCCCAGCCGGAGGAGUCAAGAGCGGCAGGAUGGCGGAGAAGGGCAUGGAUCCCGCCUGCGUCUCCAUCGCCCUGGAGGACACGGUGUGCCACGCCGGCCCUCCCGACGCCCCGCUGCUCACCACCCACUUGAAGAAGGUGGAGAACCACAUCACAGAGGCCCAGAGGUUUUCCCACCUCCCCAAGCGCUCGGCUGUCAACAUCGAGUUCAUCGACCUGUCCUACUCCGUGCGGGAGGGAUCCUGGUGGAGGAAGAGAGGGUACAAGACUCUCCUCAAAUGCCUGUCAGGGAAGUUCUGCCAGCGGGAGCUCAUUGGGAUCAUGGGCCCCUCGGGAGCUGGGAAAUCCACACUAAUGAACAUCCUGGCUGGCUACAGGGAGACUGGCAUGAAGGGGCAGAUCCUGGUGAACGGGCGGCCGCGGGACCUGCGCACCUUCCGCAAGAUGUCCUGCUACAUCAUGCAGGAUGACAUGCUGCUGCCACACCUCACCGUGCUCGAGGCCAUGAUGGUCUCUGCUAACCUGAAGCUGAGUGAGAAGCAGGAGGUGAAGAAGGAGCUGGUGAACGAGAUCCUGACGGCCCUGGGGCUGCUGGAGUGCUCCUACACCCGCACCAGCUCCCUGUCGGGGGGGCAGCGCAAGCGCCUGGCCAUCGCCCUGGAGCUGGUCAACAACCCGCCCGUCAUGUUCUUCGAUGAGCCCACCAGCGGGCUGGACAGUGCCUCCUGCUUCCAGGUGGUGUCCCUGAUGCGCUCCCUGGCUCAGGGUGGGCGCACCAUCAUCUGCACCAUCCACCAGCCCAGCGCCAAGCUCUUCGAGAUGUUCGACAAGCUCUACAUCCUGAGCCAGGGCCAGUGCAUCUUCAAGGGCGUCGUGACCAACCUCAUCCCCUACCUGAAGGGCCUUGGCCUCCACUGCCCCACGUACCACAACCCCGCUGACUUCAUCAUCGAGGUGGCCUCAGGGGAGUACGGGGACCUCAACCCCGUCCUGUUCCGCGCCGUCCAGAAUGGGAUGUGCACCAUGGCUGAGAAGAAGAGCAGCCCUGACAAGGCAGACUCAUCGUGCCCAACGUGUGGGACGGACGUGGAUCACAUCGAGAGCCACACAUUUGCCACCAGCACCUCAACUCAGUUCUGCAUCCUCUUCAAGAGAACCUUCAUCUGCAUCCUACGGGACACGGUGCUGACCCACCUGCGGUUCAUGUCCCACAUCUGCAUCGGGGUGCUCAUCGGGCUGCUCUACCUGCACAUCGGCAACGACGCGGGCAAGGUCUUCAACAACACCGGCUUCCUCUUCUUCUCCAUGCUCUUCCUCAUGUUCGCUGCCCUCAUGCCCACCAUCCUCACCUUCCCCCAGGAGAUGACCGUGUUCCUGAGGGAACACCUGAACUACUGGUACAGCCUCAAAGCCUAUUACCUGGCAAAGACCAUGGCAGACGUGCCCUUCCAGGUGAUCUGCCCCAUCGCCUACUGCAGCAUCGUGUACUGGAUGACGGGCCAGCCCCCCGAGGCCACGCGCUUCCUGCUCUUCUCCGCCCUGGCCACCGCCACCGCCCUGGUGGCCCAGUCCCUGGGGCUCCUCAUCGGAGCUGCUUCCACUUCCCUGCAGGUGGCCACCUUUGUGGGACCCGUCACUGCCAUCCCCGUGCUGCUCUUCUCGGGCUUCUUCGUCAGCUUCAAGACCAUCCCCACCUACCUGCAGUGGAGCUCCUACGUCUCCUACGUAAGGUAUGGCUUCGAGGGGGUCAUCCUCACCAUCUACGCCAUGGAGCGCGAGGACCUGGAGUGCCUCGAGGACUUCUGCCCUUUCCAAAAGCCCAUCAAGAUCCUGCAGGAGCUGGACGUGGAGGAGGCCAAGCUCUACCUGGACUUCCUCAUCCUGGGCAUCUUCUUUGUCAUCCUGCGGCUCCUGGCUUACCUGGUGCUCAGGUACAAGGUCAAAUCUGAGAGAUAAGGGGGCCGUGGGGCCCCAGUGCCGUUCCCGGGCCUGGCCUGCUGUGAGAGAUGUUCUGCAGAUGGACACGGUGCUCCUGCAGGUCCCAGACCAUGGUGGAGGCACUGGGAGGUGCCAGCCAGGCCUGGCUCAGUCGAGAAGGGUUUUGAGACAUCUCGGAACUGUUUUAACCUUUCCACACACACUCUUCAUUGCAAAACGUUUUGUACAGCCCUGGCAUGUGCCACUCUCCCCCCCAGGACUGACAGAGCUUGGGUCCCCUCUUGUUGUCCUUGCCUGGCUCUGCCCUGGGGACA